AAAAAGACAAUUAAGCACAAGAAACAGCUAGUUAAAUUUAAAGUGGGUAUUCAAAAGUACUUCUGCAGGUUAGACUGAAAAAAGAAAGAAACCUAAUUUGCGAGACUACGUAUAAAUGAUUAUGAUGGUUGCUAUUUAUUGAAUUUUUAAAUUUAAAAUUAAUUUUAUUAAAUUAUUUUAAUUUUAGGUGUUAUAUUUGUCCUCUCCAACAAAAAAUACCCGACCCAUUAUACAAGUUGAUUCUUGUGUUUUUUUUUUUUUUUGGUCAGAAAGUUGAUUCUUGUUAACCUAAUGCAACAACAGAGAAAUAGGAAAUCCAAGAAAAAUGGUAACAAGAGUAAUAAUUGAAUUACAAAGAAAUUCACCAAAUUGGUCUAAAUUAGUUGAAGACAUAGUGAGAAUAGAGAAAAAGAUUUUCCCCAAACACGAAUCAUUAGCUAGAUCUUUUGAUGAAGAACUGAAAAAGAAGAACAGUGGGUUGCUUUACAUUCAAAUGGGUGGAGAUGUUGCUGGUUAUGUUAUGUACUCUUGGCCUUCUUCUCUUUGUGCUUGCAUCACUAAAUUAGCAGUGAAAGAGAAUUACAGGGGACUAGGCCAUGGAGAGAUAUUGCUGAAGGCAGCAGUGCAGAAAUGCAGAACAAGAAAUGUUCACCGGAUAUCACUUCAUGUAGAUCCUACAAGGAUUGCAGCCAUGCAGCUAUAUAAGAAACUUGGUUUCCAAGUGGAUAGUCUUGUGGAAGGCUACUAUUCUUCAGAUAGAAAUGCCUACAGAAUGUAUUUGGAUUUUGAGAUGGAAUAAUAGCAUACUGAAAUAAAGGGAACUUUAUCUUUUCCAUAAUUUUGCAGCUGUCUCAUAUUCUAUGUAGAGAUUGGUCAGCUUCCCUUGUAAAAGCUGGUGAAAAGAAAUGCCUUCACAUCUAGCCUUGAAAUUUUCAACAUUAUUAUAUGCAAUAAAGAGCAAUUUGGUGCACUA